AUGAUGACACUGUGGAAGGUCCUCUUGGGACUCCUGGGUGCUGCUGCGCUCAUCACCGUCAUCACUGUGCCCGUGGUUUUGCUGAACAAAGAGAAUGCUGACAGUCGCAGAACUUAUACUUUAACUGAUUAUUUAAAAAAUACUUUUAGAAUGAAAUACUACUCCCUACGGUGGAUUUCAGAUCAUGAGUACCUCUACAAACAAGAUAAUAAUAUACUGCUCUUCAAUGCAGAAUAUGGAAACAGCUCCGUUUUCUUGGAGAACAGUACAUUUGAUCAAUUUGGAUAUUCUACACAUGAUUACUCAGUGUCUCCUGAUGGACAGUUUGUUCUCUUAGAGUACAACUACGUGAAGCGAUGGAGGCAUUCUUAUACAGCUUCAUACGACAUUUAUGAUAUGAAUCAAAGGCAACUGAUUACAGAUGCGAGAAUUCCAAACAACACACAGUGGAUCACGUGGUCACCAGUGGGCCAUAAAUUGGCAUAUGUUUGGGACAAUGAUAUUUAUGUUAAAAGUGAACCAUAUUUGCCAAGUCAGAGGAUCACAUGGACUGGAGAAGAAGAUGUAAUAUUUAAUGGACUCACGGACUGGGUUUAUGAAGAGGAAGUCUUCAGUUCCUACUCUGCUCUGUGGUGGUCUCCAAACGGCACUUUUUUAGCAUAUGCCCAAUUUAACGACACAGGCGUCCCGCUUAUUGAAUACUCCUUCUACUCUGAUGAGUCACUGCAGUACCCAAAGACGGUGAAGAUUCCAUAUCCAAAGGCUGGGGCUGUGAAUCCAACUGUAAAGUUUUUUAUUGUAAAUACAGAAUCCCUCAACGGAACCACCAAUGCAACUUCUGUACAAAUUACGGCUCCUGCUUCCAUAUUGAUAGGAGAACAUUACUUGUGUGAUGUGACGUGGGCAACCCCAGAAAGGAUCUCUCUGCAGUGGCUCAAGAGAAUUCAGAACUAUUCUGUGAUGGAUAUCUGUGACUAUGACAAAUCCAGUGAGAGAUGGACAUGCUCAGUGGCACGACAACACAUUGAAGUGAGCACCACUGGCUGGGUUGGAAGAUUUAGGCCUUCCGAACCUCACUUCACAUCAGAUGGUAAUAUGUUCUACAAAAUCAUAAGCAAUGAAGAAGGCUACAAACACAUCUGCCGUUUCCAAAUAGAUAAUCAACACUGUACAUUUAUUACAAAAGGAGCCUGGGAGGUCAUCAGGAUCGAAGUGCUUACCAACGAACACCUAUACUACAUUAGCAAUCAAUAUAAUGGAAUUCCAGGAGGAAGAAAUCUGUAUAAAGUCCAACUUAAUGAUCCUACAAAAGUGGAAUGCAUUACUUGUAAGCUGGUUCCAGAAGAAAGUAAAUACUAUUCUGUAUCAUUUAGUAAAGAGGCAAAGUAUUAUCAGCUGAUAUACUCAGGUCCUGAUCUACCACGCUAUACUCUGCAUCGCAGUAGCACUGAUGAAGAACUGAGAGUCUUGGAAGACAACUCAGCUUUGAGGAACAUGCUGGAGGAUGUGCAGAUGCCCUCAAAAGAACUGGGUACCCUUGUUUUGAAUGGGAUAAAGUUUUGGUAUCAGAUGAUCUUGCCUCCUCAUUUUCAUAGAUCUAAGAAAUAUCCUUUACUUUUAGAUGUAUAUGCAGGCCCCUGUAGCCAAAAAGCAGAUGCUGCCUUCAGACUCAACUGGGCUACUUACCUUGCAAGCACAGAAAAUAUUAUAGUAGCUAGCUUUGAUGGCAGAGGAAGUGGUUACCAAGGAGAUAAGAUCAUGCAUGCAAUAUACAGAAGACUGGGAACAUUUGAAGUUGAAGAUCAAAUUGAAGCAGCCAGGCAAUUUUCAAAAAUGGAAUUUGUGGAUGACAAGCGGAUUGCAAUUUGGGGCUGGUCAUAUGGAGGGUAUGUAACCUCGAUGGUCCUGGGAUCUGGAAGUGGCGUCUUCAAGUGUGGAAUAGCUGUGGCACCUGUGUCACGCUGGGAGUACUAUGACUCAGUGUAUACAGAACGUUACAUGGGCCUCCCAACUCCAGAAGACAACCUUGACCAUUACAAGAAUUCAACAGUCAUGAGCAGAGCUGAAAAUUUUAAGCAAGUUGAGUACCUCCUUAUUCAUGGAACAGCAGAUGAUAACGUUCAUUUUCAGCAGUCAGCUCAGAUCUCCAAAGCACUGGUGGAUGCCGGAGUGGAUUUCCAGGCAAUGUGGUAUACUGACGAGGACCAUGGCAUUGCCACCAGCACAGCCCACCAGCAUAUAUACACUCACAUGAGCCACUUCCUAAAACAAUGCUUCUCACUUCCUUAA